CUGCCCGUCAACACCACGCUGGCGGAGGUGGUCAAGCUCUACCGGUCCGGCGCGGCAGGGGCCGCCAAGGCGGGGGAGGCAGAGCCGGGGCAGGGCCCUGGCCUGCUCUCCCCGCUGGCGCUCGGGGGAACCUGCCAGAAGCAUCCGAGCCGGCUGGUGCAGCUGUACUGCCGGAUGUGCCGCCAGGCGGGGUGCGGGCAGUGCGUCUCUGAGGAGCACCAAGGCAUCUUCCACUCCGUCAACCUCAUAGACACUGUGUACCAGGAGGAAAAAUUAACCUUCUUCAGCAGUCUGAAAAAAAUGAGAAUAAUAAAUGAGAAGCUGAUGAAUGAAAUUUCAAGUCAACCAAAUGAUACGGACAUGGUGCUGAACAGUGAUGCAGAAAUAAUUGCACUGGAAUUUGGAGAAAUUUUCAAAACCCUGGAAAUGAAGAAACGGCAAUUGCUAGAAGAUGUUGAAAAUCAAAGAAGUAAAAAAGAGAAAGAAUUUCAGAUUUGGAAGAAAAUGAAGGAAACUCACAAGAAGACCAUUGAGAAUUUUUUGAAGGAUUGUGAAAAGCUUGUCCAUGAGUGUGAUCCUCAGCGUUUCCUGGAGGUGGCCUGUGGCUUGAAUACAAGAAUGAAAACUCAGCUUGACCUGAUGAAUAUAGCAUCCAGCUAUGAAAAACCACCGGAAUGUACUCAAAAGAAGAUGGAUAUCAAACCUGUGGUUAAUGAAAUCUUGGCUUUGAAGUUAAUGCCUGUUAAUGUAGGCAUUGUUAAAGAUCUACCUUCUGGAGGAAAUGAGAGUUCAACAAAAAAUAUUCUAUUUAAAAAUAACAUAAAGCAAUGGCAGGACCAGAAGAAUAUACCCAACACAUUUCUUCCUGUAGCAGGACAGGAGGAAGCACUAGCAGAUGGUAGCAGGAUCUGUACUCGCUUAAUGUCAAUAUCAGAAAUGUCAGCGUUUCAAAAUAUGAGUCAUGAGGAGUUACGUUACAGAUACUAUAUGGAACAUCAGAAGCUCACCGAUGAGUUCAAGACACAAACUUUACCUGCAGAUAAAAAGUAUAAAUUUGUAACUCCUGAGGCUUUGAAGGAUAGGUCCUCAGGAACUCCUUUUGUACCUUCACCUACCAAAGCAAAUAACACAGAUAAAGGAAAAACGGGAACCCUGCAAAGAGCAGAUGGCUUUGAGAGAAGCUUUUCUGGAACCAGUAAUCACAGCAUCCCAUCCACAAAUAUGAACUUUUCUGAAACAAAUGGUGACUUAAAAUUAUUUCAUGAGAGAAGUUCCCAGGAAGUAACCACUCCAGCCUUAUCAGAAAACUCCGAAGACUUAGUAAUUAAAGAAAAAUUGCCAAUGCAGGCAUCGGCAGUUACUGUUUCCAAUGAAAUGGACACAAAUUCUAGCACUUCAUCUGGCUUAAAACCAGCAGCAUCAGUAAAUGUUACCGUUUCAAAUUCAGUAUUUCUAGAUGUUUCUGCAGAGAGACUUUCUGCUUCACCUUUUGCUUUCAGUGCAUGUAACAACUCAUUACCCAGAUUUAUUAAAGAUGCCAGUACAUUUUCCUUCAAAAAGAAAGACAGGAAAUAUGUUUUCCCUCAAUUUUAUCUAGGAAAAUGUGAUCGUGCAGUUAAAACUGAUAAUGAGAAUGAAAGCAAAUUUAGAAAACAUGGUCCUGUAACAAAAAACACAGUUUCUGAUGCUUCAACCAGUCCUAAUGUAGACUCAGCAGAAAGUGAGAAACCAGAUUGUUCAUUUCCCUUUGGCAAUUCAGAAAGAGAUUGUUUUGCAGGAUUGGGAGUCAGCAAUUCAUUUAAGGUUUUACCAUUAUCCUCAUUUUUUAGCCAAUCUGAGAAGCCAUUUGACAAAAGUACGUCAUCUCACAUGAGAGAAAAAACACUUUCUGCAAAGGAAACUGCAGAAUAUGGUACACAGAAACCAACUGUCUCAUGGGAACAGAAAGCUAAUGCCUCAGAAUCCAUCACAGCUGUAGCUUGCAGUACUUCAGAACCCAACACUGCAGCUGGGAUAAAUGAUGUCUCAGAGUCCCCCCUUCUCCCCAGUAACUGUGUAUUUUCCUUCAAAAAUAACUGUUUCCAGUUGCCUUCAACAGUAUUUUCAUUUGGAAGUAUUAUCAGAAAUACCUCUGAUUCGCUGACUUCCUCUGUGUUUUUGUCUGGAAAUAGUACUGAAAAAAAGGAAAAAGAGAAGAUAAAAUCUGACAAAACACCUCUAAAUCUAGGGAAGCUUGUAUCUUCACAGUGUGCAGAGCCUGCUUCUAGACAUAGUCAUCCAAAAUGUGAAGGUUCAUUCUUUCCUGUGAACUCAUCUCAGAAAACUGAAAGCGCAGAAAUGCUUGCUGAUAGUAAUUCUUCUUGUAGUCAGCCUUUUUGUUCAGUUUUCCUUCCUGUUAAAUAUGAGAACGCAUCUUCCACUCAACUUAUUAUUACAACAACAAAACAAGAAACAAAGGUAAAAGAUGAAGGAAGUGAAACUGUUGCUGAGAACAACCCUUCCUGUCCUGGGAGGGAAGAUGAACCUGAGUCUGUACAGUUUCAGAAUGCAGCUUGUUCUGUUCCUGGCACGUGCAAUGAUCCAUCUUUAGGAGGUUCUGUGCUUACGGUAAAUGAAGCAGGAGGAAUGCCAAGUGACAGCGAUUCUGACACUGAAGAGCUAAGUCAAACAUCUAUCUCUACUGAUACCAGCAGUGCAUCAGAAUAUUUUUCUGUUGCUGAAGACAAAAUAUCCACUAGAAGAAAAUCAGAGACAUGAAGAGAGAGUGAAAUGGAAGAUGACUAUACUUAAAUAAGCUGGAAUUAAAUAAAUGCUACUUAACACAUUAAAAAGUGGGGAUACCUGUGAUUUUACAGCUGUUGUUCUCCCUGAUUCUUGCCAAUUGAGGUACCUUUGUGUUAGAAACAUGACUGCUUAUCAGCAAGUACAAUGUACUGAAGUUAUUUUUAUAGUGCAAACCCAAACUGAAGAAACAACCAAAAAUGUCAUGUCUUGUUAAAGACUCAAGUAUGACCAUGUAUGCUGUAUCUUUAAGAAUGCAGACCACCUGAG